CACGGUAGAAUUUCAAAAGCGUGGAUUACCUCAUGCACACAUACUUUUGUGGCUUCAACCUCAACACAAAAUUAAAAAAAUGGAGGAUAUAGACAAACAUGUUUCUGCAGAGCUUCCUGAUCCUAAAGUUUAUCCAAAUUUAUACAAGGCAGUAUCAUCAUACAUGAUGCAUGGUCCAUGUGGUGUUGUUGACCCUAAGUCAGUUUGCAUGGUCGAUGGAAAAUGUUCUAAACACUUUCCAAAAAAAUUCCAGAAUUGCACAACAGUUGAUGAUGAUGGUUAUCCAAUUUAUAAAAGAAGAAGAACUGGGAUCACAAUUUUGAAGAAAGGAGUUCCUCUCGAUAAUGGUUUUGUUGUUCCUUAUAACCCGGUCUUGCUUAUGCGCUAUCAAGGACACAUCAAUGUUGAGUACUGCAAUAAGUCGAAUGCUAUAAAAUAUCUUUUCAAGUAUAUUAACAAAGGACCUGAUAGAGUCAAUGAAUGCAGGUACCCUACUCCAUGUGAAGCCGCGUGGAGAACAUUCAAAUAUGAUAUUCAUGAAAGAUGGCCUCCAAUGUUAAGAUUAGGAUUCCAUCUUCCAAACCAACAAAGUGUUUUAUUCAAAGAGAAUGACGAUUUGGAAGUUGUGAAGGAAAACUCAACUAAAAAGGGAACUCAAUUCUUGGCAUGGAUGGAUGCCAACAAAAAGUACCAGGAGGGGAGAAAUCUUACAUAUGCAGAAUUUCCUUCCAAAUUUGUGUACAACAAAAAAUCAACAAUAUGGCACAGUUUUAAAAGCAUAAGAACUGUAAAGGGUGUUGUUUAUCCCACAUUUCGCGAUGCAUGCGAAGCGAUGGGAUUACUGGAGGAUGACCGGGAGUAUGUUGAUGGAAUUUCAAUUGCAAGUGAUCUUGGUUCCGGAUCUCAGCUAAGGAAAUUAUUUACCAGAAUGCUGAUGACAAACUUGAUUUCCAGGCCACAAGAAGUUUGGAGAAAGUCUUGGACUCUUUUAAGUGAUGGGAUUUUGUAUGAUAGAAGAAAAGCACUCAACAUUCCAGAUCUUCGUAAAGAGGAUGAAGAAUUACAGAACUUAUGUCUGAUUGAGAUUGAAAAAAUAUUGCAAGGCAAUGGAAGGUCACUCAAGGAAUUUCCAUGUUUACCAUACCCUAAAUUUUCAGAAAUUCAAAAUUUUGAAAAUAGAUUCGUUGCAGAUGAGUUGAAUUAUAAUAGGGAUGAAAUGGUAAAGAUUCAUGAUGAAUUGGUUAGUUCUCUUACUUCAGAGCAAGAGAUUGUUUAUAAGAAUGUUUUGGAUGCUGUUUUGCCUGAUAACGGUGGAUUCUUUUUUCUAUAUGGUUUUGGAGGAACGGGAAAAACAUUUGUUUGGAAUACAUUAUCUGCUGCUUUGCGUUCAAUGAGCCUUAUUGUCUUAAAUGUCGCAUCUAGUGGAAUUGCAUCACUAUUGUUACCUGGAGGUAGAACUGCUCAUUCAAGGUUUUCUAUUCCUAUUUCAAUAAAUGAGAUAUCAACCUGUAAUCUUCGUCACGGUUCCCCAAAAGCUGAAUUAUUGAAAAAAGCAAGCCUAAUUAUUUGGGAUGAGGCACGGAUGUACAUUCCAUUCGGAGGUAAAGUUGUGGUACUAGGAGGCGACUUUAGACAAAUACUUCCAGUUAUUUCAAAAGGAAGUCGUUUAGAAAUUGUCGGUUCAGCUAUCAAUUCUUCAUAUUUGUGGAAGCAUUGCAAGGUAAUGAAGCUGACUAUUAAUAUGAGAUUGCAAAAUGCUACAUCGACUUCUUCAGCAGCAGAAAUAAAAGAGUUUGCAGAUUGGUUGCUUCAAGUUGGAGAUGGUACAGUUAAAACGAUUGAUGAGGAAGAAACACUUAUUGAGAUUCCUCCAGAUCUUCUUAUUGAACAGUGUAAGGAACCGUUGCUUGAAUUAGUUAAUUUUGCAUAUCCAAAACUUGCACAUAAUUUGCAAAAAAAUUCAUUCUUUCAAGAAAGAGUGACCCUUGCAUCAACCCUUGAAUGUGUAGAGGAAAUCAACAACUUUAUGUUAGCAAUGAUUCCUGGAAUUCCAAACCAUGCAAUUAAACUAAAAGCUGGUGUCCCUAUCAUGCUCAUUCGAAACAUAGACCAAGCUGCAGGGUUGUGUAGUGGAACUCGAAUGAUAGUCAAUGCUUUGACUAAAUAUAUAAUUGUCGCUACUGUUUUGAAUGGAAACAAUAUGGGUGAAACAACAUUUAUUCCAAGGAUGAGCUUAACUCCAUCUAAUUCUGACAUUCCAUUCAAAUUCCAGCGCAGACAAUUCCCUGUUGCUUUAUGUUUUGCAAUGACUAUAAAUAAAAGUCAGGGGCAAUCUUUAUCUCAUGUUGGACUGUAUUUGCCAAGGCCUGUCUUUACUCACGGACAGCUAUAUGUUGCACUUUCUAGAGUUAAAUCUAGAAAAGGGUUGAAGAUGCUCAUCAUAGAUGACGAAGGAGUUGAAUCUAACACUACACGCAGCGUGGUGGUUUCCGUGCAGGUGGUGGGGGUGGUGGAUUCGGCGCAGGUGGUGAGGGCGGUGGAUUCGGCGGCAGGUUUAGAGUUGAUUGAGUGGAUGUCUGGUAAGAAACCUCUUCCUUCUACUGCUCCUCCUCCUUCCAGAUCUUCUGGUUAUCGCAGUUCUGGCUUCGAACCUGAUCGGUGGUCGAGGCGUGAAAUGGAGCCUAGGCGGAAGAGGCCGAGGUUCGUGCGGGAUCCACAGAGGGGUGAUGGUUUUGGGACUGGAAAACGCGAGUCCAUUUGGUGA